GCAAAUUAAUGUAAAUAAGUAAAUUUACUCUGUCGGCUUUUCAUCUCUAAAGAAGUUCCGUACUUAGUAAAAAUGAGUCAAAUUUAAGCCGAUUGUUAUGCAUUACUUUGUAUAAAAAACGCCUUUUACGUUUUAUAACGAAGCUGGCUUUUGACCGAAACAGUAGAUACAGUUGACACUAUAUAAUAAAACGAAAAAAAGACAUAAUGUUAUUUAUAUUAUUAACUUUGGUUUUGUCCUCAGAACUAAAUGCUCUUACAACGACACAAAGCGCAGUUGAUAUUACCGAAACAGAUACCGUUACUGAACCAAUACCAGGAGCAGAUGAAACCACAACUGCAUCAUCCGAAUCAAUUCCAGAUGUAAUUCAAACUACCACUAAAUCCUCAGAAACAACCUCAAAUGAAAUAGUAAUAGGUGAUAGCACCACCGAAGCAACUUCAGUUGCACCAGUUGAUGAACAAAGUAGUUCAGACGCUGUGCCAUCAAAGCUUGGGCCUACACCCGUUGCGCCACUAUGUUCACAAAGUCUUUGCUUUGGUGUCUCUGAUGGAAAUUAUGAGAUCACAGGAUACCCACACGAUUUUGUCCAAUGUUCCAACGGUAUUGCUGCUUGCCAAUCUUGUUGGCCUCAAAACUUAUUUUUUAGUCAAACGUGCAAUCAAUGCUUAUACAAAAAAGAAGAUUCUUGUUACACUACAAAAUUAUGGAAGCCUCAAACUACUUAUCCAUGUCCUGAUGCUUGCCCUAAUAAAGGACCUAACUUUUCUGGAAACAUUGCAGAUAACGUUUCAAAUGGUGGAGCGGGAAAUCCAUAUCAGUAUAUUGGCUGUUGGUUGGGUGUUACCCAAGGAUGUGUUAUGUGUCCGGCAGGUUUAAAGUUUAACGAGCAGUCAAACGCUUGCUUAUUUGAUGGACUAUAUCAGACUAAACCCAAUUGAGAACAUUUGAAACUUUUUUAUUGAAAUUAUAAAGUGUAUUUAAUAAUUUUUGAAAUAUGUGUUUUUGACUUUAA